AUGAAAUGCACAGGGGCUGGGGUGUGGGACGACUACGUUCGCGAGUCCGUUGCCGGCCGGUGUCAGGCGCUCAUCCACGCCCUCGGCGCCGCGCCGCCCGGCACCGUUGGGCCCGAGCUCGGCUUCGAGGAGUGCCUCGGGGCCGCGCUGGACGCCGCCUCCCUGCGGCUCUACGCCGGCAUCCCCGAGGAGGACCUCCGCGAGGCGUGGAGAACCUGGAGGGAGCAGGCUUGGCAGGGCGCGGAGGACGUCUGCCGCAAGUGGCUGCGCGGCUCGGUGGAGCUGCUGCGCGGCUUCGAGGACGCGGAGCCAGGCUCGCUCGAGUUCAAGGGCUUGUUGGCCCAGCUGAGCUCCUCGGACGAGCGCUUCCGGAGCCUGGCAGUGCGGCCAGGGACGCAGCAGAGACUGGCGGCCGAGUGCCUGGAGGAGCUGCAGAAGGCCCGCGCGCGUGGCCGCAUCGGCAAGGAGGACGAGGACGAGGUGGACGCGGCAGAGGACUAG